AUGAAAGAAGAGAGUGAGACAGAGUACAUAGAUCAACUUAAAAGAGAGAUUCGAUGUUUAAUGCGAGCUAAUACGAAUGCUGAGACUGGAACUAAGAUAUGGAGAAAGCUAUAUAGUGACAUUGAAUUGGAAAGCAAAGUUAAGAUGUUGAGAGAAGCAGUCACAUAUGAGAAACAACUCGAAGCUUUUCGAUUGAGAAAUUGCGAGUUGUCUGCAUUAGUUGAAGAGAAGAGAAUGGAAUGUGUUGGUCUUGAGGAGAAAUUGAUUGGGUUAAGCUCGAUGAAAGAUGUCAUCGAUAAUGAAUUGAAAGGUGUUCGGGCCGAGUGUGGCGAGCUUAAGAAGAGGGUUGCUCAAUUAGAAGAUGGACAUAGGUUGAUGCAAAAAUGGGAAUUGGAUGAGGAGAAGAGAAGGGAAUGUGUUGGUCUUUUGGAGCAAUUGAAUGAUUUAAGCUCGAGGAAAGAUGUCGCGGAGAGGAAGAAUGGGGAAUUGGAGCUUGAGAAGAAUAGACUAGAGAAGGAGCUUAAUGAUUGCAUGGCAGUGUGCAAUGACCUGAAAGAUCAGAAUGCACAUCUUCAAGCGCUUAUGUGUGAAAGAGAGAAGGUGGCACUAAACAAAAUCAAUGAUUUGUGUCAGGAAAUACAGAACUUGAAAAGAGAAAACGGGGAUUUGAAGAGGACAGACAUUGCGGAUUUGGGUUUUUCAGAAAAUGAUGUUUCUGACAAUGAUGAAGAGAACAAUAGUAGAAAUGAAAGAGAGGAAAUUCAGACUGAAUCUCAAAAUGAAAGUGAAGAAACCAUGAGUGAGUCUAGAAGCAGAAGUGAAGAAAUCAUGAAUAAAACUAGAGAGGAAAAUGAAGAAUCUAUGAGUGAAAGAAGCAGCGGAAGUGAAGGAGAUCAGCACGAAGCUUCAGCCGAGUUAGACGAUGAAGCUUUACCAACAGCUGGAAUUAUUAGUGAGUCUAGAAACAGAAGUGAAGGAAUCAUUAGUGAAACUAGAAAGGAAAGUGAAGAAUCUUUGAGUGAAAGAAGCAGCGAAAAUGAAGGAAUUCAGCGUCAAGCUUCAGUCGACUUAGAGGGUGAAGCUUUACCAGCUGUUGGGGGUGAUUAUAGUAUCCCAAUAGACAUCGAAUCUGAUAGUGUCGUUGAAAUCAGUGACAGUGAAGAUAGUUUAGGAAGUGAUGAUGAUUCCCACCUAAUUAUAGACUUGAAAGGCCUUUAUUAGAUCAGAAAUGUGACGAACGUCUGAUUAGUUGCAAGAAGGAGUUUCCACUUAGUUCAACAUCCAAGCGAAAGUGGGGUGCAGAAACAGGAACUAGUGAAAUUAAGACUGAGGAUGAGGAUAAAAGGAAGAAACUUGAUGCAGGGAAAAAUGUACUUCUUGAACUCUUCUCUAUGGAGAUGCAGACUCCUAGUGUAUCUCCACGAAUUCGCAGCAUUGAAGCAAAAAUCCAAGCAAGAUUCAGUGGGAUAUAAUGUGGGGUGUGGGUUUUCCCAUUCGAGGAAUUCAGGUGGCACUUUCUCACUAAUUCUGAAACAACAGCUUCACCAGUGGUUGCACCCUGAGUUGGGGAAGCUACCACACCAACUUCAAUGCGCUCAGUUCUUUUUAUCUAGUCUGCAGUUCAUUUGGAUUUCAGUUACAAGUGGAAAAAUACAAAAAUCGGGCAAGUUCUCAUGGAUGGGAAUUAAGCAAGGGGACCUGGAUAACUACUCAAAUCAGUUCAUUCAACAUAUACUAAUCUACUAAAAAUCCUUUGUUUUUCUUCUACUGACAUAAAUAGUGACUGAGGUUGAGACUCUCCUUUAACAAUGCUUUGGUUAGGUUGAGUCCAUGUUAUAGGUUGUAGCUAUUAUGUAGGUUAUGUAAAUGAACGGAUCGAUAUGACUGUUAAUUGGGGGGAAUGUUAUCAUGAAUUUGGUUUCUGUAUCUUGUUCGCAAAUCUGGUAUCAAGUUGCGAUUUUUUGUAGCGUAAAUCUGUCGUCCCACGGUAUUUAUCAAGUUCAUUUUGUCAAAAACCAGA